CAAUAUGCUUGAGAGACUACGAGGAGGAGGAGGAGUGAAGCCCCGAGAGUUUUCACACACACUCCUGGUUGAGAUGGAAGAGUGACCCUCUGUGGACGGACUUAACUCCCCCCAGUGUGGACAAAACUACUUAGCAACCAUGAACAAACUAGCGAAAGCUCUGUAUGACAACACGGCAGAGUGUGCAGAUGAGCUCGCCUUCAGAAAGGGUGACAUCGUCACGGUGAUGGAUCAAAAUGUGGCCGGUACCAGCGGCUGGUGGAUGUGCUCCCUGUAUGGACGCCAUGGCCUGGCCCCUGCAAACAGACUGAAGCUCUUACCGCAGAGUGGAACCACUGCAGGCUCCGUGUGCCAUGUUGCAGAAAAACCCAAAUUAACUCAUGCUAAAGCUGGUGACUGUGUGCAAAAUAUCUACCAGAUCCCAAGUGUACCCCGACCCACCAACAGCCCCGCUUAUGAACGCAUGGACCUGAUCUACAAAGUCCCGUCCACUCCUUCAUCAGCUUCAAAAAGUCCAAACCCAUCAGCAAUUAAGCACACCGCAGAAGGACCUGAAGGCAACAAGCCUUCAUUCUUCAGCAUGGCAUCCAGUCCAAAAGGGGAGGUCUACGAUGUUCCGAGCCAAGCAAGACGAGUUUCUCUUUUCACCGAAACACCAACUUCCAGACAAAUGCCGCGAAAACACUCGCUGAUUCCAAUUUCGGAGCUGCAAAAGAGAUUUGGCUCUCCAGAGAGUUUAAGGUGCAGCAGUCCAGGAGACACUUAUGUGUAUGCAAUUCCACCACCUCUGUCGCAGGACCCAAACUAUGACAUCCCUGUUCCCUCAACCACAGAAUCCCAACAGAAGAUGAUUGGUGGGUACAGCACCCUUCCCAACCCUCGCAAGCCCGAGUGGAUCUAUGAUGUGCCAGUGGGUCCUGAGAAACUAAGUCCAACCCAAGGCUCCUAUGAUACUAUGCCAUCCAAAGCAGAUUGCAAGCAGCUCUAUGACACUCUCCCAGCACAUUCUAUGCCCCUUCAACGAGACAGUCCACCUUCCUCACUUUAUGACAUACCAAAAUCCAAUGCUCUUGACAUCCCAAGCCCACCCAGAGUGUUACCAAGGGCCCCACUUCCCAACAAACACUCACCACAGAGUUUUACAGAGGAGUUGGUAUAUGCUGUUCCACCCAAAGAGGAACCCCUUACGCGAGUUGUCAACAAUGCCCCCAGUGAUGCCCCCAGUGAUCAUAAACCCCUAGAGUGCAGGGGUGACUCAAAAAAUAUUUAUGAACUCAAAAAGAUGCGUCUGAAGCGGAUGAGGAAUUUUCUGGCCUGUACAUCUUUCCGUGAACUUCCAGGAAGUGGGGAAUCUUCGGUGCAGGAGGAUGAGCGAGGCAGAACCUUACUUCUCACUUCAGCAGACAGUCAAAGAAUCAGCACAGCCUCCAGCUCCUCCACCAGUUCCUGUGAUUCUUUGGCCCUAAGCUCGUCUUCUCCUGAGCCUCUACGAGAACUGACACUCAGUCAGGAUGAGGCCUGCCGCAGACUUCUGGAACUGCAGGAGUCUGUUUGCAAGGCUGUGCCUCAACUCAUGGACUUUGUCAGCAGUAACUGGAGGUGCAAAGAACAUUUGGAGAAACACCUCAAAGAGGUCAGAGAAGCAGCAGAAGCGAUUGCAUGUUCUCUGACAUGCUUCCUAAACUUUGCUCUGGAUGUUAAGGGCAACGCCCGUCGUUUGACUGACACCAACCUGCAGACCAGACUCUAUAAGCAGUUGUCCAUCAUAGAGGACUCUGGUGUGAUCCUACAACAAACAGUGAGUGCUCUGAACAUGGCUGGAUGGCCACUCAACAUGCUCUGUCAGGACCCGGGGCAGAUCCAGACACCUGACCAACUAGAGCGCUUUGUUAUGGUGGCACGCACUGUUCCAGAGGACGUCAAGCGACUGGUGUCCAUCAUCAAUGCCAAUGGCAAGCUUCUCUUCAGAGCCCCUCAGAAAGAUCCAGAGUCGAUGAACACCACAGAUCCUUCAGAGACAAAGAAGAGUCCUGAUGGAACUGAACAAGGAGGAGACUUGGAGGAGGAUGACAAUGACUAUGUAGAGCUGCAGACAAAGGAUGAAGAAAGAGAGCAAAAGGACGCGCAGAAAGAACCAAAAGAAAAUAUCACACCAACCACUAACACAGCACAGGCUGAUGACAAGCGUAACUCCUCUGACUCUGGCAGAGGCACAGAACAUCGACCACCGUCCCUAUCGGAGCACUGCCGACUUUAUUUUGGUGCUCUCCAGAAAGCCAUUGGCGGAUUUGUGGGCAGCCUUCAGGAUGGCCAGCCACCAGAGCAGUUCAUCUCGCAAAGCAAGCUGGUGAUCAUGGUGGGCCAGAGACUGGUGGACACUUUGUGCAGGGAGGCUCAUCGUGGAGGGUCCAGCAAAAGCCUCCUGUGUAAGAGCAACCACCUGUGUGCUCUCCUGAAGCAGCUGGCCGUGGCCACCAAGAAGGCAGCGCUGCACUUUCCGGAUCAGCAAGCUCUGCACGAGGCUCAGGAGUUUGCAAAGGAACUGGCCCAAAGAGCACAGCACUUUCGGAUAUCGCUUGACCUCUGAGAGCGCACAGAUCAAGCAUAUGGACGAUACAGCAAAACAAACUGUUUUAUUCAGUCAUUUAGCUUUUUUGUUUUUUCAAAUAAUCCUAUCAUUUUAGUUUUCUGAGCUUUGUUAAGCUGUGGCUUUUUGCUAAAUGGUGGUAUCACAAUGUAUGCAGAUGCUGUUUAAAAUAUUAAGGAUGAUAGAAAAAGCCGCUGGGACGGGCAUAAUGAUUCAAAAAGUAGUUGCAUUUGUACUAAAGCAGCCGAGUUCUGAAAUAAAUUGCACAUUUAGGAUACUGUAUUCAAGCCAAUAUUAAAAUGCAAUUUAAGUAUAAAGUAUAAAAUAUAAUUUGAUAUAAUUUACAGCAAUUUUAUAUUCUUUGAGUAUUGUUUGUCAUAUGGAUUUUUUUUUGUGUAUUUUACUUUAUUUGGUAAGAAUUCUCCAGGGUAGUUUGAUACUGUCUACUUUCUGUGAAUAUCUAUGUAAAUAUUCUUAUAAAUGUGCCAUGCAUUCCCAAAUUUUACUUGAGAAAAAGGCUGAGUACAGCACAUGUUGGAUUUUUAUUGAUAUUAACAUUAAAAACUGAAAACUUUG